UAUAUAGAAAAAAUACACCAAGUAAAUUCUAGAUUUUUACAUUUAUGCCUAUCAAAAAAGAUCAAAGAUUUACCUUUAUCCCAUUGUAAAACCGUUCUCCUGUGUUGUUCCCGGUUUAUAAAUAUAUCCUCCCCGGAAAUUCAUUAAUUGCAUCUGGGAUUGGGUUUUGUUGGUUGAAACAAGAAAAAGAAGAUGACUGUAGGGGCUGGGAUUUGUGUGAGUGAUGAUGGCAAGUUAAUGGUGUUUGGAAACUGCGUUCUUCACGAUGUUCCUAACAACAUCGUGGUGGCUCCGGCUUCUGGUUCUGCAUUGGCUAAUGGAGCUUUCAUGGGAGUUGUUUCCGAUAAGAUCGGUAGCCGCAGGAUCUUCCCCGUCGGCAAGCUUCAGUAUGGGAUUCCGUUUAUGUGCGUUUUCAGAUUCAAAAUGUUGAUGACACAGAGGAUGGGAACAUGCGGUCAAGAUAUCCCUUUCGAAACCCAGUUUUUGAUCGUGGAGGCACACGAGGGCUCUGGAAACGGAGACGACUCCGCCGUAUAUGUCGUGUUUUUACCUAUUCUCGAAGGCGAUUUCAGGGCUGUUCUUCAAGGCAAUGAAAGAAAUGAGCUGGAGAUUUGUUUGGAAAGUGGAGAUCCUGCUGUCGAUGAGUUUCAGGGUAAUCAUUUGGUUUUCAUGGCAGCUGGAUCAGAUCCAUUUGAGGUCAUCACUGACGCUGUUAAGUCAGUUGAAAAACAUUUGAAGACGUUUUCUAAUCGGGAAAGAAAGAAGAUGCCAGACAUGCUGAACUGGUUUGGUUGGUGUACAUGGGAUGCUUUCUACACCAAUGUCACUUCUGAGAGUUUAAAGGAAGGAUUGCAGAGCUUGGAGAAAGGUGGGAUUCCUCCAAAGUUUGUUAUUAUUAAUGAUGGAUGGCAAUCUGUUGCUAUGGAUGCCAAUGGAUCUGAAUUCAAAGCUGAUAACGCUGCCAGUUUCACAAACAGAUUGACAAAUAUCAAAGAGAACCAUAAAUUUCAGAAAGAUCGCAAAGAGGGUCACAGAGUAGAGGAUCCGGCUUUGGCGCUUCGCCACAUUGUCACUGAAAUCAAACAAAAACAUGCUUUGAAGUAUGCUUAUGUCUGGCAGGCAAUUACAGGGUAUUGGGGAGGUGUUAGACCUGAUGUUACCGAAAUGGAACACUAUAAAUCCAAAGUGGUUUACCCUAUUUCAUCUCCUGGAGUUAAGUCAAAUGAGCCUGACCAAGCUUUCGACAGCUUAACUAAGAACGGCCUUGGCCUUGGCCUUGCUAACCCCGAAAAAGUUUUCAGCUUCUAUGAUGAACUCCAUGCAUACCUUGCAUCAGCCGGCAUUGACGGAGUCAAAGUUGAUGUUCAGAAUAUCCUUAAAACUCUCGGAUCAGGCCAUGGCGGAAGAGUGAAACUUGCUAGAAAAUAUCAUCAGGCUUUAGAGUCAUCAAUUGCUAGGAACUUCAAAAACAAUGAUAUAAUCUCUUAUAACACAGAUGGUUUAUACAGUGCGAAACGAACCGCUGUUAUUAGGGCAUCGGAUGAUUUCUGGCCUAGAGAUCUGGCAUCCCACACGAUCCACAUUGCAUCAGUUGCAUACAACACUGUUUUUCUUGGGGAAUUUAUGCAACCAGAUUGGGAUAUGUUCCAUAGCCUGCAUCCGAUGGCCAAAUACCAUGGAGCAGUCCGUGCAGUCGGAGGAUGUGCUAUUUAUGUCGGUGACAAACCUGGGCAACAUGACUUUAACCUACUCAGGAAACUUGUACUUCCUGAUGGUUCUAUAUUGAGAGCCAAACUUCCAGGAAGACCUACAAAGGAUUGCUUGUUCUCAGAUCCUGCCAGAGAUGGGAAAAGCCUUUUGAAGAUUUGGAAUCUGAACGAGUUCACCGGAGUCAUCGGUUCAUUCAACUGCCAAGGUGCUGGGUGGUGUAAAGUUGGAAAAACAAAUGUCAUUCAUGAUGAACAACCUGGUACAAUUACAGGAUGAAUGAACGGAGAUUCUGUCGUAUAUUCCCAUCUUGGUGGAGAAUUGGUUUACCUUCCAAAUGAGGCAACAAUGCCGAUCACUCUAAAGGCACGAGAAUACGAAGUUUUCACAGUGGUACCUGUAAAGAUAUUAUCCGAUGGGUAUAAAUUCGCUCCAAUUGGCUUAAUAAAGAUGUUCAAUCCAGGAGGAGCCAUCAAGGAACUCAGAUAUCAUCAUCAGCCUGGGAAAACCCCAAACAUCAACAUGAAAGUUCGAGGAUGUGGCCUAUUCGGAUCCUAUUUGUUGACACGGCCAAAGAGAAUAACCGUUGAUACUGAAGAAGUGAGUUUUGAAUACGAAGAUGCGUCUGGUUUAGCGACUCUUUCUUUGAGGGUUCCUAAGGAAGAGAUGUAUUUUUGGAGCAUAAGCAUUGAACUGUGAUGAACAACAACAA